ACACUUUUAUACACCCUGAUGGAAAACAAAGAUCUGUACAUGUAGAUAGUGAGCCAAAAGUUGUACAAAAGGCUUGUAAAGGUCUCAAAAUAAGAGAUGGAAAUAUUGUAUCUGGAAAGAGAGGAAGAGGAACAAAUUGGGCAUUAGGUUACCAUGGACUUACGAAGAGUGGAGAAGAUCACAUACUAGAGGAUACUGCAAACCAAGUCAGGAAAGAAAUUGAGAGAUGUGACAUGUACAGUGAUGGUAUAAUGAUGCACAGUUUGACAGGUGGAACAGGAUCAGGAUUAGGAUCUCGUCUGUGUGAGGCCAUGAGGGAGGAAUAUCCCAUGAACCAUCUGAUUUCCUGUACUGUGGCACCAUGUUUGACAGGAGAAAGUCCGUUACAGAACUAUAAUGCUUUGCUAACACUGUCAUAUCUUCAAAGGAAUACUGACUGUGUUGUUCUGACCUAUAAUGAUGAUGUUCUCGGAAAACUGCAGAAAAAGAUGGAGAGCGUUUCUUUUGAUGCCAUGAACACCUCUAUAGCAUCUGCUCUUGGUGGAGUAUUCCUGCCCACAGAUACUAUGUCACCAAAAAGUGGGCCAAGUAUAGGUAUGGAACCUUGGGAGAUGAUAAGAUCAGUUUGUCCUCUUCCAGCAAAUAAAUUUAUACAGGUCCAUCAUAUAGCUAAAAGUAAGCUGUCUUGGGCAGGAUUACAGAAACAGAUGAGUCAAGGCAUUAGGCGACAUGAUAGCAAAGGAAAUGUAUUUGGUAGUAUAGGUAAUGUAGUGAUAGCACGAGGUGAUAGCACAGAGACUUUUUAUCCUCAGAUGACACAGGGGCUGGAGAAAAAGUUCCGUAAAUCUUUCAACACUGUCAGUUGGAAUCCCUUUCCUAUAGAUAUCUGGACUGGUAUGAGUAAAAAGUAAAAUAACAAAAAUACCAAACUCUGAGAAAAAUUCUAAAGAAAAGUCAUAAGCCUAUAGCAAAAUCAAAAGUUCGAACACAUCAAACAAAUGGAUUACAAAUGCCAUAUUCCUGACUUGGGACAGGCUUUUUAUAUGUAGAUAAUGAUAAAUUAAACCUGGUUUUAUAGCUAGCUAAACCUUAAAGGAUAUGUUUAAUUAUUAUACUUCCUGCAAGAAUGUCCUUCUUUAGUAAAAUUGCUCUAUUUUUGCAUAGUUUUUAAAAGAAAUGUAUAGAGUUAACUGCACUAUGCGAUAAUAGUAUGCAUUACUGUU